AUGCCAGCAGUCAUCAGAGCAUGCAUUAUCUGUCACAAGAGAAAGCCUGUCCCCCUCCAGGGAGGACCCCGCACCGCAUACAGUCCCGCCGCUGCCGUCUCCGCUGAAAAAAGCUACAGCGGCCGCAGCGAGUAUCUGAGCGGGAGUGUGCCCUUCGAUGAGACCUUGGUACAGUCCGGCCAGGAUGCCCUCGACACCGACAACCACGAGGACAUGCAGCUGUUCCAGAACCAGCGGGUGUUUGAUCUACCGCCCAAGCCCGUCCAGGACCAUCUCAUCGACUGCUUUAUGCGGUACUGUGCGCCAUGGACGCCGAUUAUCGACCCGGAAUGGUUAACCGCGGAGACCCCGUCGCCGCUAUUGUUGCAGGCCGUCCUGCUAGCGGGGAGUCGGGUCUCUGCGCCCUCGGACGAAGUGGCGAGCAAGGACUUUUACCGCAAGGCGAAGCUGCUCUACUUCUUCGGGAGCGGCAACAACUCGCUUAUCUCGAUCGUGUCGGCGUGCCUGCUGCACUGGUAUAAUCCCGUCGGACCGGAGAAGGUCUCAACUGACACAAGCGGGUUCUGGAUUCGCACGGCCGGCGCGAUGGCCUUUCAGAUCGGAUUGCACAAGGAGCCUGCGGCGAAUGCAAAGGACCGGGGGCUGCGGAGGAGGCUCUGGUGGGCAUUAGUUGUCCGCGAUAAUAUCAUCUCUGCCGGCACCGGACGCCCGCGGACCAUCAACCUCAGCGACAGCGACGUCCUCCCGCCGAGCGUGGAUGACUUUGACGUUCAAAACGACAAGGCCCAGCUUUUUGUGGCGUACACGACGAUCUGCCUGCUACUAGGCGACACAGUCGAAGGCUGUCUCCGCAAGACCAUGUCCCUGGACCGCCGCAGCCAGCUCGAAAACGCCCUCUACCGCUGGAUCAACCAAUCCCUCCCUUCGCUCCGCGCCGCAGCACCGCCGGACACUAUCUCCUCGACGCACGAGUUCGAAGUCAACCAGCUGCUAGUCGUCUACCUCGCCAUCUUGAUCAUCCUGCACCGCUCGCCCACGCCCAACAGCGUCCCCUCGGCUGCGUCACUCGUCGCGGCGUCCUGCAUCGCCGGGAUCUUCGAGGACUUUCAUCAGAAGGACCAACUGCAGUAUCUCGGUCCCAUCUUCGCGCUGUACGGGCUCAGCGCCGGGCUGUCGCUGCUCUCGGCGUAUCGAUACGAGCCGCUCAAGGAAACAGCCGAGUAUGAGCUGUCCAUUAUCAAGCUGUGUCUGCAGACGCUAUCGAAGCGCUGGCGCUCGGCGGUGGGCCCGAUCCGGGCGCUGGACAGGUUGACGGAGCAGGGGGAGAGGAUAGUUGCUAGUCAGGCCACGAGCCUGGAGACGGAAAAGCGCGAUGUGAUGCCCUUCGAUGGGUAUAUGGAUAUCUUGGACCAGAACUGGGAGGGGUCAGGGUUUGACUGGAGCGGGUCCUGGUUGUUGGAUAUUUGA